UCGGGGAUAAGGAUAGCGCAAUGAAUGCCAAAGCGCGGAUCCGUGAAUGGACUUUACCAUGUUAGGAAAUCACCAAAAACGACUAGAGCAUCUGAGCGCACUAAUGCAUCACACAGACAGUGAAUCCUCCACCGCAAGCCAUACCUGCAGUGUGAGUGCUACGACAUGAGUAUCCAUGCAUCCAAGACGACGGGCAAACCUAGACCGUUAUUUCACCAGGAUUCGCCAUGUUCACCUCUGCCAAUUGGGUGUGCAACAUGAGAAAACUAUGCAAAACGGCGAAGUGCAUUUUGGCGGAGAUGGCGUUUUUGUAAGUCACAAAUGGGAUAGUGUCAAUUGUCGCAAAGGAUCGAGUAUAGGAAAAACGAAGCUAACAACUCAACCAAUUUUGAGCAAUCAUGGCCAAGAAGAAAAGUAAAAAAGUGGCAUCAGCUCGCGGUUACGCAACUGUAUCUAUGCCUUCGAAAAAGGAACCCACGACAUCCAAGCCUGAAUCGGAAGAGCCUUCGCCACCUCCUCAGACUGUCGUGCCGCCGCCCGUCAUUGAAGAUCCGAUCGUUAACAAUGCCACCGACCGAGUCAGCAUGUUAGCUGAACGUCUUGGAAAUGCCAAUGAACAUAAAGUAGAAAUGCUUUUGAACAAUUUGCAGCGAGUCGGGAGUCAAAAAACGUUGAGCGAGUUGAAAAAGUUUGAUCUCUCACCAGAACUACAGUACGAGUUAUGGACUGUCCUCCAACAGCAAGGCGUGCGAUCACAGGAAUCCCAGACGAAAGAAAACGCACUUCAAGAUAUCGAUCCAGUGAUUGCUCAGAUUCAUGUCAUUUAUCGCGGACUUGCCAAACUUGGAUUUGCUGUCCAGGACAUCGAACAAUCGCUUGAAGCGACAAAAGCGCUCACCAUUGAGGCUAACCUUGAUUGGCUCUGCGUCCAUGUGCCUUAUGAACGGCUACCGAUCGGCUAUUUCGAUAAAUAUUACAGUGAUCAGAAAUUAAGCGUCAAUAUGGUGGUCCACGAUGACACGGCAAAAAUCGAAUCCGGGGAACCCACUACAGAAACUGAAUCAAAAGUAACGUCAAUGGAGGACCUUCCGAUUCAAUCGCGAAAGGAGAAACAGGAAACGAAAGAGGAUGUGGAUAGUAUGAAACAACGGACUCUACAAGCGGCGCAGCAAUACCUGUAUGACGAUGACGAAGAAGAAGAAAACAUUAACGAGCAGCAUGCGAAACUUGCAAUGGAGUUGACGGUAUUGGAAGACCAGUUACCGUCAAAAAAGAAAGGGAAGAAAGCAAAGCAACAGACCGCUCACGAUCUGACGCCUGAAGAAAUGCAAAUAAUUCAAGCAAAAAUGAAAAAGCUGAGAGAACGAAUGUCGAGUUUGGAGAACGAUUUCGAGUAUGACAAAAGUGAAGCGCACAAUAUUUUUCUGGAUAUGAAGCGAAAGGCUGUCGAGAAAGCCAAAGAAGAAAAAGAACGACGGGCGUCACGCUCAGAGUCAGAACCGCAGCCACGGGAAAUUGCAAGUAAGCAAGCCGUUGAUCCGCUCACCGAGAAUUCAGACGACGAUGAUCUUGGAGAUAUUUUUGGCGGAUUAUCGAUGCUGGAGCAAACAGAGUCCCCUAAAUCGACGACGGUAUCCUACACAGUGAUUGACCUUACUGUGCGAAAUUGGAUGGGGAAGUAUCCCAAAGAUUUAUUGGAAGACUAUUGUCGAAAGAAACAGUACAGGAGACUGUCGUUUUCUGCGGAUUCUCCUAGCACUGCCAUUUUCCGCGCUUCGCUUCGUUUGACUGAUCAGCAUGAUACCAAGAAAACCAUCGAGUUGCCCGCCGAUAUCGCCUUGGCCUCGGCGAACGAGGCAAAGCAAUACGUUUCCAUGCAAGCUCUGUACGACGCCGAUCCACAGUCUCUGGUGUACCAAGUAUUACCUGAACCAUACAAAGACAUUUGGCGACAGUGGAAAGUCAGAGACGAAGAACGUGAGAAAUCUGCCCGUAUAGAGUCCAACAAGGCGAUCGUCAAAUUUGCCAUUCAGCUUGCUAAACAAAGUGCCAAUCAGUCGGCACAUAUCCGUUCCGAACGAAAGGCAGAAGAAGACGAUCCAGCCUCUACCAUUGUCAAAUCCACCCGUAUGUCAAGAUCACAAUUGGAAAGAAAGAAGCGUAUCUUUAGCCAAGUCAAGGAAAAGUUCAAGCAACGAUUACCUACGGAAGCUUACAAGAACAUGUACAACCAACGUAAAGACUUACCGAUCACGCAUUAUCGCGACAAUAUACUGCAGUUAUUGGAAACCCACCAAGUAGUUGUCAUUUCCGGUGAAACAGGUUGCGGCAAAAGUACACAAGUUCCUCAAUUUUUGGCCGAGGAUCUGUUGCAAGGAUCCAAGGCAUUGGGCUCCGUCAUCUGUACACAACCUCGUCGAAUUUCUGCCAUGUCCAUUGCCCAACGCGUAUCUACCGAAAUGGGAGAUCCGCCUCGCAUGGCCGGUAGUCGAGAAGCCAUGGUGGGCUAUCAGAUUCGGUUGGACAGCCGAGUGUCGGAAGAGAACGUACUUCUCUUUUGUACCACCGGUAUCUUGUUACGACGACUUGAAAGCGACCGGUAUUUGGAAGGUGUCACCCACGUGGUGGUUGAUGAAGUGCAUGAACGUACAGUGGAAAGCGACUUUUUGCUGCUGGUAUUACGUCGACUUUGUGAAAAGCGAAGCGAUCUUCGUAUCAUUCUUAUGAGUGCCACAGUGCAGGCUGAACGAUUUACAUCCUAUUUCGGCGACUGCCCUGUGGUAUCAGUCCCUGGACGAACGUUCCCGGUCCAUGUACAAUAUCUUGAAGAUGUAAUCGAACGUACGGGAUAUGUUUUCGAACGCGAUUCAUACUACGCCAAUCGAAGCGCCCUUCAGUAUAAAGCCAAAGGCACGGUCAAUGUGAGCGGCAUGCACGGAUCAUCACAACAGUUGCACUAUGAAAUGCUUGAAGAUGAUUCAGACGGAGACGACCCGUACGAUGUAGACACCGCACAGUCGAAACUGAUCACGGCGGAUGAUAAGGAGGAAGAGAGUGCAGAGCCAAUGUAUAGCAAACAGACGCGCAAGAUGGUCCAUCGAAUGGAUGAGAACAAGAUCAAUUAUGAUCUUAUUUUGCAGCUUUUGGAAUAUGUAUGCUCUACGCGUUCUGAUGCGGCGGGAAAAGAAAUUGAAAAGCCCAAAGAUAUCCCAGAAGAAGGCGCUAUCCUGGUGUUUCUGCCCGGUAUGCCAGAGAUCCGACGACUGUACGAUGCACUGGCGAACCAUUCUGCAUUUGGCGACGAGAAGAAAUUCAUUGUCAUUGCGCUGCAUUCAACACUUUCGUCUGAACACCAAGAAAAAGCGUUUGACGUUCCUCCCAAAGGCAUGCGCAAAAUUGUGUUAUCAACAAACAUCGCAGAAACGGGUAUUACCAUCAGCGAUGUCACGGUGGUCAUUGACACCGGUAUGGCCAAAGUGGUAAGCUAUGAUGAAAAGAAGAAAAUCACUCGCCUUCGACAAAUGCACAUUGCCAAGGCCAAUGCUCGCCAACGGCGUGGUCGUGCAGGACGUGUGCAGGAAGGUGUAUGCUUCCAUAUGUUUACGAAGCAAAAAUACGAAGAGAUGGCGGAUCAUGAAACACCCGAAAUCCUUAGAUUACCGUUGGAGGAAUUAUGUCUUCGCAUCAAGAUCUGCAAACUUGGCUCGAUUCAUGGCGUUCUUGCAGAAGCUUUGGAUCCGCCUUCCAAAAAAAUGAUCGACAGCGCCAUCCAAACAUUAUGCGAAGUUCAAGCUCUAACCUCGGAUGGUCUAGAAUCAUUGACUCCACUCGGUAUCCAUCUGGCCGAUUUGCCUGUAGAUGUCCAUAUUGGAAAGAUGAUCCUGUUUGGUGCCAUUUUCCGAUGCCUGGAUCCUAUUCUGACAAUUGCAGCAGCCCUGAGUUUCAAGAGCCCUUUUGUGCGACCUUUUGGUCAAGAGCGAGAAGCCGACGAAGCCCGGGCUAAAUUCUCUUACGCCAACUCGGACUUUUGGACAAUCUACAAAGCAUACGAUAGCUGGAGAAAGGAGUACGAAAAAGUCAAGGAUAGUAGCAACUGGAAGAAAAAGAUUCGAGAUUUCUGCCGAAAGCACUAUCUAAGCGAGCGAAAUCUGGAAAUGGUUGAGGAUAUGAAACGACAAUAUCUGGGACUACUGGCCAGUAUCGGUUUUGUUAGAAGCGAAGACAGGAGCAUGAUGAGGAGUUAUGACGUGAAGCGUAGUAUCAACCUAUGCAAAGUCCCCGAUAUCUACAACAGCAAUUCCUUGUCAGUUCCAGUGGUCAAUGCAGCGAUCACGGCGGGUCUUUAUCCUAAACUGGCUGUCUAUUCGGAAACGAAUCAUCACUUCAUGAACGGCAAACUUAUGCUGGAUAUUCAUCCCACUUCCAUUUUGUUUGGAAAAGAGGAUUUGCUUAAAAAGGAUUUCCUCGUGUACAAUACGGUGGUCAUGAGUAAAAACAUUUAUCUUUGGGAAGCAGCCUCUGUUCACGCGAUAGCGAUCAUCCUGUUGGCAUCCAAUUUGGAUAUCAAGCAUGUCCAACGACGAUUCAUUGUCAAUGACUGGAUAUACCUUGAUUGCUUUGCACGCACAGCAGCCUUGUUGAAAUAUCUACAGCAAGAACUGAGUCAUUGGUUAGCUCUCAAAAUCAGCGAUCCGCGACUGGACCUGACAACCCAUGCUCCCGAAACUUUCAACGUCCUUGUCAAGUUGCUCGAAAGCUCAUAAAUACCGCGUAUCCUCUUAUCGAAUAGGCUUUUGAUCUUCCUUUUCCCAUUGCUGUAUAUCCACGUUGGUGUUUCCUAUGGUCCGCCAUGAAGAUUUUGUCAGCUCGUUCAAUCGAAGGCCUAUGGCAUGUAUGAAUAUCUUUUAGGAUUCUCAUCCGCAUUUGCUAAAACUCGAGAUCGAUCGUCUGAUAUCACAUAAAUAAAAGCAUUCCAUCUUGACUAGUUGC